AUGACUAGUGAUGGUAAUAUGAAUAGUGUAGUUUAUGGGGCUGUUGUACCCGAUGGUGAUUGGAGAUGGAUUAUUGUAUUUGCAUCCUUUAUGAUACAUUUUAUAAUUCACGGAAUAACAUAUUCGAUGGGUGCUCUAUUUUUACGUCCCAUGAUGCAUGGUCUAAACAAAAGUCGAGGAUCUGUUGCAACUAUUUUUGGAAUUUUAAAGGCAACCAUACUUGCGACAGGACCUAUUGCAGCCAUAUUUACAAAUACAUGUGGAUGUCGACAAGUGACAACAAUUGGAACUUGUCUUGCUGCUGCGGGCUUUUUAGCAAGCUGUUUUUGGACGAAUCUUUGGUUUUAUUAUCUAACAAUUGGUAUUAUUGGAGGCAUUGGUUUUGGUUUAAUCUAUUUACCAGCUAUUGUUUCUGUUAGUUUCUAUUUUGAAAGUAAACGUUCUUUUGCUAUGGGUAUUGCGGUUUGGGGCUCAGGUUGGGGUACACUUGUAUUUCGAACUACUAUGUCAUAUAUUAUAAAUGCACCAUUGUGGUUUGGUUAUGAACGUGUUCUUCUACUUGAGGCAGUAGUUAUUUUUAUUUGUGUUUUAUUCGCUGCUUUAAUGAUUCCAUUGUCACAAGAGCCAAGCGAAAGAAGUCGCACAGAACGAAAAACACGAGAAAAGGCUAAACAACGAGGACUCAAAACAGGAACUACAACUAAUCAAAAUAAUGAGCAACAAAGUGAAUUACUUCCAACAAAUCAAGAAAGGUUUGAAAUUUAG